UGUUUUUUUUAAGCUUUUUUAAGCUUUUUAAAGCUUUUUUUAAGCUUCUUAAAUGUGAAUGUGUUCUGGUUUCUUUGCUCCGUUUAACAAAGGAAUCAUUACAUCUGAAUAAUUUAGUUUUGUGGACAAAACAAGACAUUUGAGAACAUCAUUAUUUUCAGGUUUUAUAAACACUGAUCAACAUUUUUCAACAUUUUAUGGACCAAACAGGUACUCGAUUAAUGAGAAAAUAAUCGUCAGAUUUAUCAAUUAUGAAAAUAAUUAUUAGUUUCUGCCCAAGUUCUAGCUCCUUACAUCUUAAAUAUGACUUUUGCUGUAUUUCUGUUAUGUGUUCUGUUACCUGUCUCCAGUGUGUCCUGUUGGCGGCGGUAUAGCACAUAUGCGCUGCCAACAGACAGUGAAUGAACACGAAGAAGAACCGAACCGGAACUGAUGCACGCUGAGCAUCUGACGUAAACAAACCCUGAAACUUACAGCCGUUAAACAUGUAUUACUCGCGUUCUUUAAGGAUUCGAUCAUUUAAGAAGAUCGGUUAGUUCGAGUCGAGCGUCGUUGGCAGAGAAGAUGCGGUGGACAGAAGACAGCAGAGAGGACUUCAUCUUUCAUGUGUUUAUCAUCUGUCAAAGCAGAUGUUUGUCAGUAAGGACCAGUGAGCGGCGACACUACAGCUGAUUUUAUUCAUAAUAGUAAUAAUAAUAAUUAUUGUAGUGGCGAAAUUACACUCAAUUCCAAAGCCACUGAAUAGUCGUUAGCUGUAAGCAGGUUUUCUUGACUCGUAGGCACUGUUGUCAUUCAUCAAUCACGAAGUUUGAACAUUUAUUUCCACUUGCCCUACAUCCAAGUUACAUUUCUACAUUUACAUUUAAUCAAAAGCUUAAUGCUUAAUGUUAAUAAAUGACCUUGUAACAAGUGUCAAACCUUGCAUCAACCACCCGGCCUAACCCUGAACUAAAAGUAACUGAACUCUGGCUCCUACAAUAAUGCUGGGUCACAUGUGGCCAGUGUGGCAUUGCUUUGGAUCAGAUCGAGCUGGAUUCUGUUUGGGGACGUGUUCAUGGAUAACAGUGGUGCUGCUCAUCUACUGUGGAGGAAUCCAGGCGAGUCUGAGUGUAGGUCCAGGAGGAGAAUUCCCCAGACUCACAGACGUGUUCCUGUAUGCCCUCAGUCACGAUGAUGUGCCCUCUCUGCUGGUCAGUGCCGCUCUGUUGCUGCUGCUUGGACCGUGUCAGGAGCGUCGCUGGGGAACCGUGGCCUUCCUCGGCCUCUCCGUCCUGACGAUGACCAUUUUACCUCUGCUGUACACGCUGGUCCUCUUUGUUGGCAGUGGCGAGGCCAGUCGGUUCUGCGGUUACUCUGCAAUCCAGCUGACUCUGUUUACAGCGCAGUGUCGACAGGUGACACAGAGGAGGCUGCUGAGGUGUGUGCCCGUCUGGUUUCUUCCCUGGGUGAUUCUGCUCACUGGUCUGCUGCUGCUGCCAGGAACACCUGCCCUGCUUCACUUCUGUGCAAUAUGCAUAGGCCAUAACUAUCGCCAGCCCUUCAUUGUAACACUACAGGAGCUGGAGGAGGCCAGUGUCUUCAGUUUAAUCCCUGACUGGGUUUAUGUUCCCACUUCAGCACGAUUCAGAUUGCCUACCUUCGCUACCUCACAAAGAUCUCGAGCACCGCCUCCGCUGGUGCCUGUGGAUCAGGCAGCUGCUGCCCCCACGAGGGACUUCUCUGUGACAAAUCACCGCGCCUGGAACGAGCCGUCGCCUGCCUGGAUAUUAGAGGAUUCUGCCGCACUGUCCGAGACAGAGAUGCUGGAGGAGCAGAUGCUCAAGGCAGGGAUACUUGCCUCGUUACAGGACGCUCCGGAUGACCCUGCCGCCAAAGUGGCAGUUCCCAAAUCAUCAGUGUCUUCACUGCGACUCCAGCAGCUGGAGAAGAUGGGUUUCCCCACAGAGAAAGCUGUUGUGGCGUUGGCCGCCUCGAAACAGCUAGAUGGCGCCAUCUCUUUGCUUAUUGACGACAGCAUUGGGGAACAGGCUGUGGUGGUUUCAAAGGGAAAGAGUCAUCAGCCACUCAGGAGUACCUGAAGGACGCUAUUCUCUAAAUUGUAAUUGAACAACGCUUGGGUUUUGCUGAGCUUCAUUGUUGUAUAUUUUUGUCCCUGUGGGCUUCUUUUGUUAUGUUGAUCAAACAUUCUCACUGUGAAGUGGAGCAGACAGGACUGAUUGUGUAUCUGCGCAUUGAGAGAAGUGGACGCAGUUUAUUUUUGUGUUGAAUGUUAUGACACAAAUGAAGACGUGACAUGUUUAAAAAAAACAAACAGUGAACAUUAUUUUAUUACACCGAUCAUCUAGGCAGGAUUAUCUUAACACAGUAACACAAACAAAAUAUGAAAUGGUUACACAUCAUACAAAAUAAACUACAAUUGAUUUGAA